AUGUCGUCUCAACUGAACGACUCGUCUCGCAGUACGGAUCCCGCAUCUGCCCAGCCAGAUGCAACAAACUGUGCCAACCCUGGCUUCAUUCCGAAACCGCUUCGCGCAAAGAAAAGAUUCUACGACCCCAGUCUCACUGCGGGGAUGCGCCCACCCGACAAAAACAUGACAACAGAUGCUCCAAGUGUGGAAGCCACAAUAGAGCGGGUACGGACCGAGGAAACCCAAAACCUCCGCGUGGAAGCUAUCAAGCUGCUGGCUGCCAAGCUCUCCAGGUUCAGGAAGCUCAGUUCACCUAACGCCGCGAUCAUGCAACGCGAGCCCGAGGUCUUCGCUGAGCAAUGGGAGUCCGACAUCUGGACCCGAUCGAUGCAAAGCUCCGACAGGAAGAAGUACGACGAUGAAGUCAGAUCAACCUUGCGACUCCUCACCAAGUGCGACAAGAAGUGGUCUGAGGCUUGGCCAGUCGAUGAUGGAAGUUAUUGGACAGGUGAAGAAUGGUUCGUUUGGGAGAUGGACAGAUUGAACUACGACAUGCUAGAGAAGGAGAGCAUCGCAUCUGGACCACAUUCUGCGGACACUCCAGCCAGCCUCAGCUAUGUAUAUACUCAAUCCGACACCGCCACCGAAGCCACCGAGGCCAUACUCAAUGCGGACUACCACCAAGAAGGCCUCUCAUCAGAGGCGCAGCUGCGCAAAGACAACCGUCGAGGCUUCCGAAGCCAUAUACGAGGCAUCUGCGAGUUACUGAGAUCCGCGAAUGAUACAACGAACCUCGACGUCGUCGCGCUUGCAUCAUCUUGGGAGUCCGAAAUUUGGACUUUGUCGCUCGAGCACGAAGACUGCGACACUUCAUACAACGAGGAUAUCGAUGAGGCACUGGAAGACUUAGACGACUGGAAAACGUGCUGGGAUUCGUCUGAAGGCGACCCUGAAGGCAGUCGAACCGGCCGACAGCUCUUCCUUGAUCACGUCCAACAGCUUCAGGCGCACAGUGCUACGUCUAGUAAGCAGACUGAAUCGCCGACAAGAGUCAAAGCAUCGGCGGAGCCCUCCGAUCCUCACGAAGAUAGUGAAGAUGCUUGUCCCUCCAUUGAGACCGACGAUAGUGAUGGUGGCGUCGACGUUGGCUCAGACGACGAGUCUGACGAUGACCAAACUGAAACGCAGUACAACCCUAACGACACCUCUGAAGACCAUGGUCUUGACUCAAAUACUGCCGACGAGCUCUGGGAUCUUGCUGGGGGUAACGAAGAGCUAUCAGAUGAUUCUGCAGACGACGCUGGAGACAACGACAUAUCUGACAAGUCUUCCGAAAGCGACGAUUCUGAGAUCAUAUCGCCUCGCUCGCCACAGCCUCACGAAAGCGAUGAUGAAGAUGAAAGUGAAAACACCAUGGAUGGUGUCAGUUCUCAUCAUAGCUCUUCCGUUCCAGCAUCUCCGAUAGCAUCGGCUUUCGCUUUCACCUUCGAGCCUUCUCAAAGCAGCGUCGCUGUACCUAUCAUCCCGUCUGGCUUCGACCCUGGAAACUGGACUGGAGCAUCCGAUUUCACGGCACCCCUAGGGGGCGACAUGGCCGUAAAUGGGUCUCUUUCGGCUGGUGAUGUUGUCGCCAGCCAGACUUCAGAGGUUCAAGACCUCAAAACCCCUGAGCAGAUUGAUGAGGUUGCCGCCGACAAUAGCUUGGAGCCUAUCACUUCUUCCUCCGUUGACGGCGACGUAGUCGCCAGGAUCGGUCAAGAGCACGCAGUGCAGGAGGCCCCCAUGGUCGCUCCAAAGGAGCAUGGGACCAAAAGGCCACAAAAGGCCGUCUCAGAAGACUGCUCUAGUAGGAUCAGAGAGCUGACUGCCGCCAUCAAUGCACGCGAGGCCGAAUGGCUGAACGCAAAUGCAGGCAACUGCGCUCCUUCCGCUUUCGUCGAGCUCGCCAGGAAUCUCGAUAGCAUUGGUGCCAAAAUCACCAAUGAGGGUGAUUUCUCUUCCCCGUCAGCAUUGAGCAAGAUCGAGGCGCUGUUCGCGAAAUGGCAAGCUUUUGUCAACACCAUGACAGCCUUCAUCGGCAUCAAAGAUUACUUCAAUACCGAGAACGAUUUCCGCAUCAAUCGACUCGUCAACCUAUAUCGCUCAGAUGUCGAAAUGAUCCCCGUGUACGAAACCAUGCGUCGCUUGCCGGGCGCUCAAGAGUACUGGCUGGGGGAGGCAAACAAGCGACGAGAGAGCAGAGAUGAUAGUCUGAAGAGCAUCAACAAUGAGAUUGCAAAGAUGUUUGGUCUUCGCCAAGCCUACCGCCACGAGCUUGAGAUGCUGAACGGGCAAAUCGACCACAAGGCGUUCAAGGAGUUUGGCAAGAUGACCCUUAACAUGGUUCACGAACGCAUCUUGGAGGUGAAUGCGGCUUUAGGCCUGGAGGACUUGUAG